AUGAAAUUCGCCUGGAUUCUCGCCGCCCUCUCCACCACGGCCUGGGCAGCUGCCGUCGAGAAUGAGCACGAGCAUGAGAAACGAGCCAGCCCAACUGGCGACGAAGUGAACUGGUCCUCGCUGGGAAAUGCCAUCCAAUCCCUCUCGCUCAAAAUCCCGACCCAAACCGCCAACCUCGACAACAUCGACCCUCCGCCGCGGUCUAUAAUCCCCCAGAUCGUUCAUGCGCUGCCUCCGACCGCGCUCGCCGCACUGGUCGUGCCCGCCCAGCGCGCCUCGCUAGCCAGUGACUUCAAAGCCGGCAAGACCCCGGACUGGUACGGAAGUCUACCCACGGACGUGAAGAGCUACUUGUCUGUCGUGAAGAGCCAAAUCGCAGAGGGGGCGCUGACCGCGCCACCGAAGAAGGCGGCCGCGCAGACAGAGCCGGCCAGUGCGGAUGCGUCCAGCACGGGCGGUAGCGCCGCAUCGGCGACUUCCUCGGGGGCUGCGGCGGGGGGAGCGAAGCCGACAGGACUUGUCGUGGGAGGCAUGGGGGCGUUGGGUGUGCUGGGCGUGGCGUUGGCGCUGUAG